AUGCCAAAUGCUUUCCAAAACUGUUAAAUUCGAUGCUCCCACACCAUCUGCUAACGCUUUAAUUGGAAAAACGUAACCCCCAAAGAUUUGUCGGCAAAUACUGUUUCUAGGCAAUCGACCAAGAGACUAGACCUCUAACAAGCUUUUCUACGUUGCAAGGCAAUUAAUUUUUCUAACGCCCUGUUGCCAUUAUUAAUGGGGAACGCUCACGGCCACCGCAAGAACCGUAACAACCGCGAGCACUCUGGCUCUUAUCCGACGCCCGUCCCGCCUUAUUAUAAAUACGGUCCGACUCCGCAGCCCCGAGUCCCAAGCUCCACGACCCAACCCCAGAUGGCUCUCUCUUUGCCCUAUACGAAUGUCGAUUCCAGUCUUCGAGCCCUUGCCGGCCAAGCUGAGGGCUUUGGUCGGUUCGCCAUUGGUGGCCUCCAUGGCCCUCUCUACCAUGUCACUACUUUGUCAGAUGAUGGGCCGGGAUCAUUGCGUGAUGGUUGCCGUAGAAAAGAACCCCUUUGGAUUGUCUUUCAAGUUUCAGGAACCAUUCAUCUUUCAUCUUACUUGAGUGUGUCAUCUUAUAAGACCAUUGAUGGACGUGGCCAAAGGAUAAAACUCACUGGAAAGGGUUUAAGGCUGAAGGAAUGUGAACAUGUUAUAAUAUGCAAUUUGGAGUUUGAAGGUGGUAGAGGACCGGAUGUUGAUGGGAUUCAAAUAAAACCUAACUCCAAGCACAUAUGGAUAGACCGUUGCAGCCUUCGUGAUUAUGAUGAUGGAUUGAUAGAUAUCACACGAGGAAGCACAGAUAUUACAGUAUCCAGGUGUCACUUUUCACAGCAUGACAAGACGAUGCUCAUUGGAGCAGACCCCUCUCAUGUCGUUGAUAGAUGUAUCCGUGUGACCAUUCACCAUUGCUUUUUUGAUGGGACUCGGCAACGACAUCCCCGUGUUAGAUUUGGGAAGGUACAUUUGUACAAUAAUUACACUAGAAACUGGGGCAUUUAUGCUGUUUGUGCGAGUGUGGAAUCACAGAUAUACUCUCAGUGCAAUAUAUAUGAAGCAGGGCAGAAGAAGGUGGCCUUCAAGUAUCUUACCGAAAAGGCUACUGACAAAGAAGGGCCUUGCACUGGCUGCAUAAGGUCCGAAGGGGAUUUGUUUAUAUCUGGAACCCAAGCAGGCUUGUUGACUGAGAAUGCUAUGUCCAACUUGUUUCAUCCAAGUGAAUACUACCCUACAUGGACUGUGGAACCUCCAACAGAUACCCUUAAACAUGUUAUUCAGCACUGUACAGGAUGGCAGUGUGUCCCUCGACCAACUGAAGCGGCCUAGUAGCUAAUUGCUGCUGCAAUCACCUUAAAAGAUUCUGCACCUGUACAUGUAGUUGCAUUGUAUAAAUAUAAAUCAUAAUAAAUUUUAAUAAAACACUAUGUUGUCAA